AUGGAAGAUAAUCAAGAUGGUCAUGAUGUGUCAUCAUCAUCUGAACAAGUAGUCGCACCCGAGACAACAACAACAACAGAGGAGCAACAACAACAACAAGAUAAUAACAAUAAUACAGAAACAACAACAACAACAACACCUACACCACCAUUAACAAAUACAAAUACAGAUACGACAACGGUGGUGGUAGAAGAGACAUCGGCAAUGGAUACCACCACGACUACCGCUGAACCACCACUGAACAGUUCAUCAGAAGAGCAUACUGAUAAUACUACUACUACUGUUACAAAUGGAAGUAGUGUUGGUGCUGGUUCAAAUGGAGAUGUUGUAGAAGAGCAUCAAAAAGAUGAACAAAAGGAAGAACAAAAAGAUGAACAAUCAAAUCAACAAGAACAAUCAAUUCAACAAGAACAAAAAGAAGAACAAUCAAAUCAACCAAAACAAAAACCAACAAUAACAAUAUUAAAAUCACCACCUGUACCAUUAUCAAGUAUAGCAUCGGUGAUGCCAGCCAUUGGAAAGAGAUUAAAUGUAGCGAUUGAUCAAUUAGAGGCGAGGAUUACAUCGGACAAGUAUGAUACAGAGGCAUGGACGUUAUUGUUGAACGAGGUGCAGUCACAGCCUAUCAACAUUGCAAGAGACAUUUACGAACGAUUCUUGGCCGUCUUUCCAACUGCAGGCAGAUACUGGAAGUUGUAUGUCGAACAAGAGAUGGCAGCAAAGAACAACGAACAAGUGGAAAAGAUCUUUGUGCGUGCACUGCGAAGUGUGAGAAACGUAGAGUUGUGGCGCACUUACAUCCAGUAUAUUCGAUCGGGCCAGCAAAACGACCGAGAAGAGGUGAUCAAGGCGUUUGAACUGGCACUCGAGUACAUUGGCAUGGACAUUGCAUCGACCCCCGUCUGGAUCGAAAAGGCACUUUUAGAAGGUAUCCUACGUAACAUGUUGGCUAAACCACCCAGAGCAUCCGAUAAAGAAGCUCAUCAAGUGCGUCUAUGGCGUCGUCUCAUCGCCUAUGAAAAGACCAACCCACAACGAUUCGAUGCUGUGCAACUGCGUAACAGAGUCACGGCCACUUACAACCAGUGUCUACUAUGUCUCUACUUUUACCCAGAUAUCUGGCAUGAAGCGGCUUGUUAUCAGGUUGAUGUCGGGUCGGUCGAUGCGGCGUGCCAGUUUUAUGAGCGUGGACUCACAGCGAUUCCCAACUCGCUGUUUCUCUCUUUUUCACAUGCCGACGUGCUCGAGUCGAGCAAAAAGGUCGACAAGGCCAAAGAGAUUUACGAGAAGCUCAUCACUGCCACUGCGCCAUCCACACCGCCACUCGUGUGGAUCCAGUACAUGCGAUUCUCGCGUCGUCACGAACGUAUCGAGGGUCCAAGAAAGGUAUUCAAGCGAGCCAAGUCAUCCCCAGAUUGCACCUAUCACGUCUACAUUGCCUUGGGAUUCAUCGAAUACUAUAUCAACCAAGACACCAAAACUGCCCGUGAUAUCUUUGAAAUUGGUCUUAAAAAGUUUGGUACAGAUAUAACCUUUGUCAAUUUCUAUGUUGAUUUCUUAUCAAAUUUAAAUGAAGAAAAUAAUACAAGAGUAUUGUUUGAAAAGAUUUUAUCAAAUGUUAUACCACAAGAAAAGAGUGAAGCAUUUUGGAGAAAGUAUCUUGAUUUUGAGUAUAGACAGAAUCAAGAUUUGGCAACAGUCAUUAAAUUGGAAAAGAGGGUGGCUGGAUUAUCACCAGCAUUUGAAAAACAUAGUCUACUACAGCAUUUGAAUCGAUAUAAAUUCCUCAAUCUAUGGCCGUGUCAUCCAAACGAGAUUGAAAUCAUGUCAAAGAAUCUUUUACGUGACGACGGUGAAGAUGAGGAUGAUAUGGAUGAAGAUGGUGGAGAUGAUCAAGACACAUCAUCAUCGUCCUAUUCAUCAAACAAAUAUAGAAAUGCAAGAGGUGGUGGAGGUGGAAAAUGGGAUCAUAGAGGUGGUGGAGGAGGAGCAGGAGGAGGAGAUGAAAAGAAUGAAAGAGAAGACAAACCAACAUCACAAACAAAAAUACCAUUGUCUACAUUAAAAGCAAGCAGACCAGACACAUCAGCAAUGAUAUUGUAUAGAAAUGAAAUGGGCAAGAUAUCAGCACGUGGUGGGGGUGGUGGUAUAGGUGGAUCAGGUGAAAUAUCACCACCAAUUCAAUCAAUCAAUGUUCCACCAAAUAAUAUGCCACCUGGUAUUAUGGGUGGUGGUAUGGGAGGUGGCGUUAUGGGUGGUAUGGUUAAUGGUAUACCCGACUUUCUCAUGCCAAUCGCACAGUUUUAUCCACCUCCUCAACAAUUUAAUGGGCCGUGGGUAGAUGUUGAUCAAUUGAUGAUGUUGAUCAAAGAAAGUCAAUUCCCUCCACAACUAUUACAAAUGAUGGCAAUGGCCGGAAUCAAUAUAGGAAUGAAUCCAAAUAUGGGUGGUGGAAAUAUGGGAGGAAAUAUGGGAGGUGGAAAUAUGGGCGGAAUGAACCAAAAUAUAAAUAUGGGAAAUAUAAAUAAUAACAAUAAUAAUAAUAUGCCACCAAACCAAUCAUUUAACAAACAACAACAACAACAACAACAACAAAAUUCACAACCAACGACACCAACAACUACAGAUAGAUCUAAUCAGUCACCACCAACAUCGGGAAUGAGUGGUGGCCAACAACAACAACCACCACAACAACAACUACUUGGUAAAAGAAAAAUAGAUGAACCAGACAAUAGCAACAACGGUAAUCAAUUGUCAGAUCAACAACCACCAAAUGAUCAACCAAUUAAACCCAACGUCAUACCGGCUCCAGUACCUUCGUCAUCCCAACCUUUACCAUCAUCAUCUGUCGUACAACCAACAUCCAACAUCACCUCAACUACCACACCUUUAAAUUCCGCUCAACCAAUUAGUUCCACCAUUAGUAGCACUAAACUACCCGACAAUGAUAUCUAUAGGAAACGUCUUGCAUCUAAACUAUCAAAGAAAAUUUAA